AUGCAGCUUGUUCCCAAGGAGAUCGAUAAGCUGCUUACGGCCCAGCUGGGCUUCUUAGCACAAAGACGUCUUGCCAGAGGCGUAAAGUUGAAUCACGGUGAAGCUUGUGCUCUCAUCGCGAGCGUCUUGCACGAGCUCGUCCGAGAUGGCAACCAUACCUGUGCGGAUCUCAUGGCCAUCGGAAAGCAAUUGCUGGGUCGGCGUCACGUCCUGCCGGCAGUGGGUUCGACUUUGCACACGGUCCAAAUCGAGGGCACUUUCAAGACGGGCACUUAUCUUGUGACCGUGGACCACCCCAUCAGCUCAGACGACGGUGAUCUCGCAAAGGCCCUGUACGGGAGUUUUCUCCCCGUGCCGUCCAAGAAUGCUUUUCCCCUCGCGGAUGCGAGCGAGUAUGAGGACGAGAAGAUGCCUGGCGCGGUUGUCCCCGUCAAGGAAGGAAGGAUCGUUCUCAGCGAAGGCCGGAAGAGGAUCAAACUCAAGGUCACCAGCAAAGGUGACAGACCUAUCCAGAUUGGGUCGCAUUAUCAUUUCAUCGAGACGAACCCGGCUCUUGAUUUCGAUCGCGCAAGGGCGUACGGUUACCAUCUUGACAUCCCGGCCGGCACGUCCGUCAGAUUCGAGCCCGGAGACACCAAAACAGUCACCCUCGUCGAGUUAUCCGGUAACAAGGUCAUCCGCGGUGGCAACAACUUGGCCACGGGUGUGGUGGACCUCUCCCGUGUCGACGACAUCCUCACGAAACUUCAAGCGGCGGGUUUCGCCCACACGCCCGAACCAGCUGGCGACAUGGCGUACAUUGACGCUGCGUCGAUGACGAGAGCGGACUAUGCCGGCAUGUUCGGCCCUACUACCGGGGAUCUCGUUCGCCUGGGCACUACGGAUCUGUGGGUGCGUGUCGAGAAAGACAUGACCAGCUACGGCGACGAAUGCAAAUUCGGCGGCGGCAAGACCCUCCGCGAGGGUAUGGGUCAAGCUAGCGAUCGACGCGACGAGGAGGUUCUCGACACCGUCAUCACGAACGCCCUCAUCAUCGACUGGACGGGCAUCUACAAGGCGGACAUCGGCAUCAAGCACGGCGUGAUCAAGGGUAUCGGCAAAGCAGGAAAUCCCGACGUCAUGGCGGGCGUGCACAAGGACCUCAUCGUCGGGAACGGUACCGACGUCGUCGCCGGAGAAGGCCUGAUCGUGACUGCCGGCGGUUUCGACUCGCACAUUCACCUGAUCUGUCCGCAGCAGGCGUACGAGGCCAUCGCGAGCGGCGUGACCACCUUCCUGGGAGGGGGCACGGGGCCAUCGUCGGGGACGAACGCGACGACGUGCACGCCCGGCAAGACUCUGAUGAAGCAGAUGCUCCAGGCGAUCGACAGCCUCCCCGUGAACUACGGCAUCACGGGCAAGGGGAACGACAGUUCGCCCGUGGCACUCCGCGAGUCCUGCGAGGCCGGGGCGUGCGGGUUGAAGCUGCACGAGGAUUGGGGCACGACCCCGGCCGCCAUCGACACGUGCCUGAGCGUGUGCGACGAGUACGACGUCCAGUGCCUGAUCCACACCGACACCCUCAACGAGUCCGGGUUCGUCGAGUCCUCGAUCGCGGCGUUCAAGGGCCGGACCAUCCACACGUACCACACCGAGGGUGCGGGCGGGGGUCACGCCCCGGACAUCAUCAAGGUGGUCGAGCACGAGAACGUGCUGCCCUCGUCGACCAACCCGACCCGCCCUUACACGCGGGACACCCUGGACGAACACCUCGACAUGCUGAUGGUCUGCCACCACCUGUCCAAGAACAUCCCCGAGGACGUGGCCUUCGCCGAGUCCCGCAUCCGGGCCGAGACCAUCGCGGCCGAGGACGUCCUGCACGACCUGGGCGCCAUCAGCAUGAUGUCCAGCGACUCCCAGGCCAUGGGCCGGUGCGGCGAGGUGAUCAUGAGGACCUGGAACACCGCCCACAAGAACAAGCGACAGAGGGGUCCCCUGCCGGAGGACGAGGGGACGGGGGCCGACAACUUCCGGGUCAAACGGUACGUGAGCAAGUACACGGUCAACCCCGCCGUCGCCCAGGGCAUGGGUCACCUCAUCGGCAGCGUCGAGGUCGGCAAGGUCGCGGACCUGGUCCUCUGGAGGCCCUCGACGUUCGGCACCAAGCCCCAGUUGGUCCUCAAGAGCGGCAUGAUCGCCCAGGCCAUGAUGGGCGACGCCAACGCCAGCAUCCCGACCGUCGAACCGAUCUGGAGCAGACCGAUGUUCGCUCCGCUCGUCCCCCAAACCAGCAUAACCUUCGUCAGCCAGAGGAGCAUCGAUUCGGGCGUCGUCGGUGGUUAUGGCUUGACGAAGCGCGUCGAACCCGUCAAGGGUUGCAGGAACGUCGGCAAGAGGGACAUGAAGUACAACGACACCCUCCCGAAAAUGAAGGUCGACCCCGAGAGGUACACCGUCGAGGCCGACGGGGUGGUCUGCAAGGCCGAACCCGCGACCGAGGUAGGGUUGGGUCAAUCGGCCUAUGUGUUUUGAUUCCAAAAAAAACCCCCCCCCAAGAAACAAAACCAAAGCCAAAGACGUUUAAUUCUUUGGACAGACAGUAAAGAGAUGGACGGGGGACGAUGGUGAUUUGAAUAUGACCCAGGAAGUAUGAUGGUUGGAAUGUCCACGACUUUUCUCAUACAAGUAGUUUACCAUACGCAGUAUAGCGUGAAUGACGUGUGACGUCUGAUUUGAUAUGAUCUGUCGAUAUAUAUAAUCUGAUGAUGUUGGCACAUAUCUAUCUCUAG